CACACCAGCAGACAGGUGAACUCCGUGAAGGAGCAAACGGAUAUACAUAGCUCCAGUUUAACCCUAAUUUGAAGUAUACCGAACCUCCGCCAACGCACGAAAUCAAGGUUGUAACGUUAUUAGGGUAAGAUAAUGGAUAGUGGUAUUGGUAGUCAAUCUUAAUAGCGUUACUUGGGUGAGCAGGUUCUCUCACGCGAUAAGGAGCGCUCGUUUUGGCGUUCACCGCGUCUAAAUAUCUUCACGAGAACACAAGGAGCUAUUAAGAAACCGCUUGCACGAGCAAGUUGGUUCUGAUGGGAGCGCAUGAAGAGGACUGUGUCCUGCUGCAGACAUUGACAAGGCUGGUUGUUCUUUACCAAGAACAUGGAGAAGAUGUCGCGGGUUACCACAGCCCUCAGCAGCAGUGCCGUCAGUGGCCGAACUAUGUUCUGCCACUUGGACGCUCCAGCCAACGCCAUCAGCGUGUGCCGUGAUGCCACGCAGGUGGUGGUGGCUGGCCGCAACAUCUUCAAGAUCUACGCACUGGAGGAGGAGCAGUUUGUGGAGAAGCUGAACCUACGCGUUGGCCGUAAACCCUCUCUCAACUUCAGCUGUGCGGAUGUCAUGUGGCACCAGAUGGAGGAGAACCUGCUGGCCACGGCUGCCACCAAUGGGGCGGUGGUCACCUGGAACCUGGGAAAACCCUCCCGUAAUAAGCAGGACCAGCUGUUUACUGAGCACAAACGCACUGUCAACAAGGUGUGCUUCCACCCCACAGAGGUUUACAUGCUAUUAAGUGGCUCGCAGGAUGGAUUCAUGAAGUGUUUCGACCUACGCAAAAAGGAGUCUGUCAGCACUUUCUCAGGUCAGUCGGAGAGUGUAAGAGACGUGCAGUUCAGCAUGAAGGAUUAUUUCACUUUUGCUGCAUCCUUUGAGAAUGGCAACGUCCAGCUGUGGGACAUCAGGCGCCCGGACCGCUACGAGCGAAUGUUCACUGCCCAUACUGGGCCUGUGUUUUGCUGCGACUGGCACCCUGAUGACAGGGGAUGGCUGGCCACUGGGGGCAGGGACAAGAUGGUGAAAGUAUGGGACAUGACCACUAACCGGGCCAAGGAGAUCUAUUGUGUUCAGACGAUCGCCUCGGUGGCACGGGUCAAGUGGCGGCCGGAGAGGAAGUUUCAUUUAGCCACCUGUUCCAUGAUGGUGGAUCACAACAUCUAUGUGUGGGAUGUCCGCAGACCUUUCAUUCCUUUCGCCACCUUUGAGGAACACAAGGAUGUGACCACUGGUAUUGUGUGGCGCCACCAGCACGACCCUCAUUUCCUGCUCUCUGGCUCUAAGGACAGCACCCUCUACCAACACAUGUUCAAGGACGCCACUCGACCUGUGGACAAGGCCAACCCUGAGGGUCUGUGCUUCGGACUGUUCGGUGACUUGGCCUUUGCAGCCAAGGAGAGUCUGAUCAGCAGUGACAGAAAUGACAGAAAGCCUUACCCUGGAGGCGACCGCCGCUACCCUAUCUUUUUCUUCAAAAAACCCGACCCGACAGAACAGUUUGCCCAUGUGUCCAGCGCCCUUAGCGUCUUUGAGACAGACUUGGACAGUAGCCGCAUGGACUGGUUUGUCAAGACAGCACAACUCUACCUCCUCAGUGGGAAACCGUUUGCUGAGCUUUGUGAUCACAAUGCCAAGGUGGCACAGGAGCUCAAAAGACCUCAGGUUUCCACAACAUGGACCAUGUUGAGAAUCAUGUUCUCUGACCCAGCAAACCUCACAACACCUGGUCCAAACCAUAACCUCAGUAAACUGGGCACCUUGCCUUUAAUGAACAGUUUCAGCAUGAAGGAAAUGGGCUCAGGGAUGGGCACAGAGAGCAGACUGGAGCGCAGUAAAGGAGAGAGCAGGCAGGACAACAUCCACCUGGAGCCUGGGAACUCACACAUCAGCAAUAAUAAUGAAGAAAAUGAGGAGACAGAAGGCAGUGACGGCCAGGCUGAAAAUAUGUUUGGUGAUGCGGAGUUAGAUGAUGAUGACCUCUACUCUGUGGAGCAUGACAACCAAACAGAAGAGCAGGAGUACACGCUGCCCCAGGAGGCUUUCCAGCUGCGCCACGAGAUCAUGGAUAACCCAUCUGCACCUGAGCACCUUCAGCAGGACAAGGCCGACUCCCCGCACGUCAGCGGCAACGAGGCAGAAGUCACCUGUCUGACCCCCAUCGAGUCCUUCUCGCUCAUCUCCAUUUCCCAGCCGCUGUUCAGCCCUCGUCUUCCUGCCAGCUUCUUCUGUCCCAUUGUGCGGGAGAUGCUGAGCUACUAUGCUGAGCAGGGUGACGUGCAGAUGGCCGUGUCUGUGCUUAUCGUCUUGGGGGACCGGAUCCGCAAAGAGAUCGAUGACCUCACCCAGGAGCACUGGUACAUGUCCUACAUAGACCUGCUGCAGCGAUUCGAGUUGUGGAACGUGUCCAAUGAGGUCAUCAAGUUGAGCACAUGCAGCGCCAUCACCUGCCUGAACCAGGCGUCUACAACCCUGCACAUCAACUGCAGCAACUGCAAGCGGCCAAUGAGCAACAAAGGCUGGAUUUGUGACAGGUGCCACCAGUGUGCCAGUGUAUGUGCAGUGUGCCAUCAUGUGGUGAAGGGACUGUUUGUGUGGUGUCAGGGCUGCAGCCACGGCGGACAUCUGGAGCACAUCAUGAACUGGCUCAAGAGCAGCGCCCACUGCCCUGCUGGCUGCGGUCACCUGUGUGAGUACACCUGAGCUCAUCACAACCGGCGUUCACACAGCUGAUGCUCUGUGGGAGUGGGAAUCGGUCCUCACGCCGGCCUGGAUCUCUCUCUCUCUCUCUCACACACACACACACACACACACAACACACACACACACCGCAGACAAAUGAGACAUCUUCAUUCCUCGACAUGGGCCUGGUGAAGUGUGUGUGUGUGUGUGUGUGUGUUAUGUGCUCUCUUGGUAAGCCACUCAAGAGCAAACACAAUCAUAUGUAGAUUAGUAUUUGUAUUUGAAUUGGUGAAUUUGAACUAUUGAUGGAUUUGUAUAUAAGCAGAUGUCCUGAUAGAUAUUCAGAGAAUAUAACAAUAUUUUUGUGAAUUCACACUUGCUGCAUUUUACAUUGUUUUUAAACCCUCAGUAAAAUCCUGAAGGCUGUACAGGAACAAUUGUCUGCUCAUCCGAAGUGGAUUGUUAAUGUUUGUACAUAAUACUUAAAACUUAUUUUGAAGGACUGUAGAUAGUGUUGAAUUAAUUUAUAUAGAAAUGGCUCUCCACUCAAGCAAUACAUAUUGACACUUGAAGCUGUUCUGGACCAGUGAAGUCUGUUUUGCUAUGUUGAACAGAGAAUAGCUUAACUUCCGUUCAGUGUUACUUAGCUUUUCUGAUGAAUCACAGUCAGUGGAGACUGAAUUCAUUUGAACCUGCACUGAUCUUCAUAUUAAUGUCACAAUACCAGAAUUUUAGCAUAAGAAACUAUAGUAGAUACCUCUUUUGAUACCACAGCAAAGAGAAAAAAAGGAAAAAAAUGACAACAUGUCAUUUGGAACUUUUUUUCAAUUAACCACGUGCACACAGUGCUGGUGCAGACUAACGGCUAACUCUAGCUCGCUUCCUGAAUAUGAGUGACAGGCUGCUCGCUGGCUGCUCUGACAUCCACUCCACUCAAGUGGAGGGUUUGUUUCAUCUGCCUUAGGUUGAAAAUCUGAUCGUAGAUUGGUUUAUUUUCAUUUUUUAAAUAUAUAUUCAUUCAGCAGCGUAUAUUGAAAGCUGACAGCCGCCCGGUACGUCCAGCCCUCUACUCCUGUCUGCUGAGCAGUUCCAGUGGAGCAGUCAGGAGAAAGAGUUGCUCGAGGGCACCUUAGUGAGAGGAAAGAACACUACUUAUUCAUUUUUCUCCCAGCCGCACUUCACUCUCACGGGCCCAGAAAUCCCAACUGGCAACCCGCCAACGUCUCUAGCCUCCAGUCAGAGUAACAGUUAUUUGCUUAUCGUGGUUUGUGUAGCUCUCUGCUGGUGAGAUACACAACAGAUAAAUGUAGGAGCCAACAGAGAUGACUUCUGUCCAGAUAAACCUCAACAGUGCAGCUUUGUCUUGGCGGAAAUCUGACUGUUACUAAGAAUCCCUGUUACAUCCCAGUACUGUAUAGCCUGAUGGCAACUGGUUGGAGGAUUUUACAGUCUAGUUGUCACUUUCACUGGCAGACCUUCAUGACAUGAUUUAAUCAUCACUGAUGGGGAAUAUUUUGUCAGUCCAGUCUCUUAAGGCUGAUUGUGUUUAUUUGGGCACAUAGUGUUCGUCUUCCACUCCAGCCUGCCAUCGAGUAUGUAAGUCAGCAGCAGAGGAUCACUCCUUGAUCGUCCUCUGACCCUUGACUUUAUUUACUGAACUUCAGCGAGGUUUAAUGACACAUAAGCAUCCUGUAUUCUGGCACAUGUCAUAUCACUGGUGCAGUGAUCAUCAUCUCUAGUAGUUUUCCUGACAGUUAUCCUGUCAAUCAUGAGGGCAGAGUUGUGAUGUAUGAGGUGGGCGGAGUCUGUGCUAAUUUAAAGAGCUGCAGCCUUGAAGCUGGUGUACGUGGAUCAGCUGCUAAAGCUACAUGAACUCAGCCAACAUUCGUAUGGCAAGGAGGUUCUGUGCUUUCAUCACAUCGAGGACAUCCCAACAAUCAGGAGGAAGGCACUCUCCGACCUCGAGAACUGCCCCGUAGCGUGAAAAUAUAAUAUUGAUCACAUCAAUUCAGUCACCUGAUUAGAUCAAAACAUCCAGACAGGCCCUGGAGUGUUUUGGAAUCAUACAGGAAGUCCAGGAGUGAAGCCUCUAACAUAUUUGUUAAAUGCACGGUAAAUCCCAUUUAAAGAAGUGUUAUUUAAACAAAACUGAAGAGCAAAAUAUCAGUGAUGCACAGGUCUACACUGUAUCCUAAAUUUUAUACAAGGUUACUUCUUGCAAUCUGACUUCAUCUCAACACUGCAAAUAACACUGAAGUUUUCUGCUGCUUCUCAAAAGGUAGCAGACUUUAACAGGCCAAAUUAAAGUCUCAGAGAAGCCUCUUGGGUUAAGCAUUGGUGAAACAGCUCCUUUUACUGUUAUUUAUUUUGCAGAAUCUAUUUUACCUCUGAAAUGUUUUAUAUAACUGAUCGUGGAAUCUCUCCUAAGAUGACUUUGCUGCUGGUGGGUUUUUUUGUUUUGUUCCCUAUUUACUGUUUGAAUCAUUUUGUCCACAUGCAUGCAGAUAACCAUGCUUUUAACCUGUUUGUGCUAAUGUAAAUACUCAACUGUGGGACUUAAAAUAAAUUUGCAGAUUUCUCUUCAAGCUGUCAUGAAAUUGGUGUUUUUGUGACAUAAUUAUAUUUGUACAUAAGUAUAUGAAGAAAAAUAAGCAAAAGGCACCAUGAAAUGAAUUUA